AUGGUUGCCAUCGUUUUGGCGUUCGUAGCAUUCAUGGCGUCCGUUGCCCUGGCUGCCGAUGUUGUGAGAAUCGAUGAGCCCACCGACAAUGCACAGUUGCCUAGCAACACCGAGAUCAGCUUCAAGUAUACAGUUAUUGGUGCUCAAGCUGCUGGUAUCACGGAUGCUUACUAUCCCAAUUCGAUGACGGUCGACUUUGAAUGGGUGCAAAACGGCAACGAAUCCAACGUGUUGCGUUUCAAUGCAGCUAGCUCACUUGAGACGACUUCUGCACCUGCUGGUGUAUCGGAUAAGCAAUAUGAAGCUACAUGGAAGACACCCAACUGCCACUUUUUCACCCGUUACAACCCUAGCGAAUACACAUUCUCGCUCCUCUUUACCCCCGUCUAUCCUGAACUUACACCCAACAUGACAGCACCUGGUCCCGAGCAACAAGCCAUGUCGGUACCCGUCAACAUCAACGUCAACAAUGGCACAUUCCCCAGAUGCUAG